GCCAGGGAGGGCGGAGGGAAGCCGCGGAGAGCGCGUGGAGCCCAGCUCGGAGCGCAGCGCGCACUGGCCAGACGACAGCCCUGGGCACCCACUGACGGCCACAGCCAGAGGGAGCUGAGCCGGGACAUUCACUCCAGGCAAGAGAGCCGAAGCGGGCGGAGUCCCUGGGCUGUCUCGCGGACUGGCCGGAACCCUCCCCGUGUCCCGGCUCCCGCGCUGCACCCCUCCGGCCAGCAUGAGGCUCCUGGCGGCUGCGCUGCUGCUGCUGCUCCUGGCGCUGUGCACGGCGCGUGUGGAUGGGUCCAAAUGCAAGUGCUCAAGGAAGGGGCCCAAGAUUCGCUACAGCGACGUGAAGAAGCUGGAGAUGAAGCCCAAGUACCCGCAUUGUGAGGAGAAGAUGGUUAUCAUCACCACCAAGAGCGUGUCCAGGUACCGGGGGCAGGAGCACUGCCUGCAUCCCAAGCUGCAGAGCACCAAGCGGUUCAUCAAGUGGUACAAUGCCUGGAAUGAGAAGCGCAGGGUCUACGAAGAAUAGGGCAAAAAAAAAUCUCAGACAGGAAAACUCCAGACUGGUUGGGAGACUUUGAGCAAAGGACUUUGCAGAUUUUCAAAACUCAAAACAAACACCUUCCUUUCUCACAGGCAUAAGACACAAAAUAUAUAUUGUUACGAGGCACUUUUACCAAGGGUCAGUUUCUACAUUUUAUAGCUGCGUGCGAAAGGCUUCCAGAUGUGAGACCAUCUCUCCUGCGCCCCAGACUUCAUCACAGGCAAAAAGGGGGGAAAUCAUGCCUUUCCUUUAAAACAAAACAAAACAAAAAAGGCGUUUUUGUAUCUGACCAUAUGUCACCAUGCUUUUGAGCUUUAUAUGCGCCCAGGAGGAAAAGUGGGCUUGGUUGAGACAUUUCAUUGCAGGCCUGCUCUGUUCCUGGCUCUGGAAGCUUCCGCUCCAAGGCCCUGGUGCCUCGGCACAGCUGCUGGGGCUCUCCUGGGCUUACAACCAAGGUCACAGCCUCAGUGUGACUCUGCAGUGGCCCCUGUCACUGGGCAUGCAGGAGCAGGUCUUUCUGCACCUUUUCUUUGAGGAACUCAGCUUGGUAGCUUCCUUCCUCCCUGGUCACCUUCGACACACUCUAGGUAUCAACUCCAAGAUCACGCGGUGGCCAAUGGAGGGAGGGCCACUGGGGGCUUUUCUCUGACAUGGGGGUUUGUGAGAGGGUCUUGGCUUCCCUCUGAAUGCUCUGAAAGCAUGUGAAGCUCCCAGCACUUAGUGAAAACCCUAGGAGAAAAUUUACAAAGACAUGCACAGCACACAGCCACAAAAACAUGUUCUACCGACAAGGGACAACUUCUCCCCCACCAAAAAGGGCCACACACACAAAAGCAAUAGACGUGUGACUCCCCACUUAAUUCUGCUGGGGUGAACACAGCCCUCUUUUGGAGGCUAAGACAGCCAUGCGCCCUUGACUUUGUCUACAGCCCGUGAGAACGCCCUCCGCUGUACUACUGUGCUACGUGCUGCAUACAUGUCAGUCACCAGUAGUGUUGCAUGCCGGCUUCAUGUGCUUUCUAAGACAAAAAGAAACAUAAUAAAAUAUAUUUGAAAUGU